GGUUUUCAGUUCAGUCUCGCUGUGGAUAGGAUUGUGAUCAGUUGCUUAAAUUUAUGGUGGUUGAUCCUUGUGGAAAAAUGAAAAUUUUCUUGACCUUUACAAUAUUUUGUGUGAUUUUGGGAAUAGCAUCGUCGCAAAAUGUAGUGCACAAUUUUAAUCCGCUAGGUUCAAAUGAAACUGUUACAACUAUUGAAGCAGGAAGAGGUCCUGGCAUUGGACAAGUGAUCACUGGUCAACAGUGUACCGGAAAUGUUGGGUGUACAACUAGCAUUGUGGGUCCAAUCACAAAAAGGUGUCCAGUAGGCUAUGUUCUGGAUAACUACAUUUGCGUAAGGACACAAGUAAUAAGCAAGACAAGUGAGAAAAUUAUUAAAUGUUAUGAAGGAUAUCAUCUUUCCAAUGGUCAAUGUGUGCGAUAUAGCACGUCAUUUACUCAACAUCCUCUACAGUACAUCUGUCCUACUGGAUAUACGCUAAAUGGAAACCUGUGCUAUCCAAUUGUUAUAGAUAAUCCACCAGUUCAACCUCCAGUUAACCAACACCCAACUUUUCCACCAUCUACUCAAGGACAACUGGUUCAACAACCUCAGUGUCCAGCCGGAUUUUCCUAUAAUGGGGCUAAUUGUGUGCAGUAUAUUCCAAAUUGUCCAACCGGAUAUCAAUACUCAGGAAGAAUGUGCUAUCCGUCUUGUCAGGGGCAGAUUACAACGAACCCAUGUCCGUACACUCAACCCCAAAGCACUCCAUGUUCAUACCAAAAUUGUCCAACGUCCCAACAAAUUAAUCCCUGCUGCGGAUCUCCCACUAAUCCCCAAGUACCACCCACUGUUCCUGUCCAGCCAAUUCCAGCUACACCCCAAUGCCCUCCGGGACUUAUUCUAACUGGAAAUACUUGUUCGCAACGGAUUACAGAGCCAGAUACUGUACCGCCUUAUGAGGCAUGUCCUGAUGGAUAUGAAAAUAUUAACAACGAAUGUCGUAGGAACGAUGUAGACGUCAACAGGAUUCAACCUGAAAUAGUAUGUCCUGAGGGAUCAAAACAAACUGCACAUGGCUGCGUUAUCGAAAAAUGCGUGAACACAACGCAAAAUUGCGUCAAUACUCCUCCAUCAGGACCUACUAGUUGGCCAAGUUACUCAUCCGGCACAAACCAUCUCAGUAACUACAUUACCAAUCACAAUCCCGUCAACGUGACCAGCAAUGUCAAUGCUAAUAGCACAUCCCAUGUGAUUGUUCACCUUUCUAACGGAGAAACCCGAGUUAUUAGUGAUGGAGAAGAGAAAAUUAUUUAUGUGACCCCACAAACGCCAGUGUAUCCUGUGACAAUUCCAGUUCCAACGCCAGCCCCUGCACCGGUUCCAUUUCCAGAAAAAUGCUGCACGGUUGUCUCACCAAGAAUGUGCAAAGUGGUACAGAAUGGAACUUGGGGAUGCUUCCAUCGCAGAAAGGAAGUCUGCUCUAGUAUCUGUGACAGACCGAAGAUUUACUUGAGACCCAGACAACCAGUUUAUCGGCCACCCAUAAUGGUUGUUCCACCAAUGAGACAACGAGUUUCCAGCUGUCGUGGAUGCAGUUACCAAACUGCCCAUGACUGCUCAGGGUGCUACAGUCGAGGUUACUGUCCGCAAUAUUGUUCUCGGUAUGCCUGUUCGUCCUCAUCUGAAUGUGGCUAUAUGAACCAAGAAUCCUACUGCCAGGAGCAGGGUGGUGAGUUCUGCUCUCAGGAAUAUGGAUGUCUUGAGGGUGACUAUUGCGAAUAUUAAAUCUUCACUGCCCAUAUCAUAUGGAAGUCAAUUUGUGUGACCUCAAGCAGCAUAUCAGUGUGAUGAUUUUUUUUGUAAUCAUUCACAAAUUCAAAGUCGCUUAUCUUAUUAUGGUUGUCUUGAAAGUAAAACAACGCGAUAUAUGAUCUAAAUAUAAACUGCCAAAUACUGAAGUAA